AUGGCGAACGAGCAGGAUUACAUUGGUAGACAAGGCGCGCUGCGAAUAAGCACACCGCAAAACAUGUCAAAUCUAUCACCACCCAUCAUGACGGCCGAGGAGGACGUUGUAGGCGACCUGGACGAACCCCCUGAACCUCGCGCGCAGCGUCCUGCACCCUUGGCCCUUCAACAUGCCUCAACAACAUCCUUCACCAAAUCGAAACCUCUCUUCGAUCAGAAAGAAUCGCUGCUCACCUCCGCACUCAAGUCGGGCUCAAACACGACCUCGCCCGUCGAGGAACAUUCGGAUACGAGCCCAGCCCGCGGCAUGUCAUGCGUCUCGACAUGGAGCAACAACAGCGGUACAGCCGAUCUCACAAGCGACGGAGGCUUCACGAGCCCUGGUACACGACCUUGCACGCCGAGCCCACCGCUCCCCUCGGCAGCGUUCCACAACAUGCUGCCCACGUUCAACAAGAAACCGUUGGAAUUACCCGUAUCCCUUGUCUCACACGACGAUAAGAACGUCACCCCAGUACCGAAGACGGCGCCUCAGAGCACCGAGCAGAGCAUCGAGGCCGUUCUGGGAAGGAAGAGGUGUAUCAUGUUCGCAUGCGGCCCAAAGGAGGAGAAGAAGAAGAAGCCAGUAGAGGCAUCUGCAAAACCCGCACCCGCACCUGCACCUGCACCUGCACCUGCACCCCAAGCCGAAGAGCCCCCCAAGCGCGUCUGCACCAUCAAGUUUGCAUGCCCAUCCAAGCCAUCCACAGAGGCUUCUGCCAAACCUCGACGCAUGGCCAGCCCCGCACCGCCGCUACGCCGCAUACCUUCGUCCCCCAAACCAGUCACCAAAGUGCAUCGCGACUCUGAUUCCACAGUCCGCAACAACUCUCCAGUCAGUGUCCGGAAAGUACGCCCGGUUGACCGGACUCGCCGCCUGAGUUCCAACUCCGACCUUGCCCGUUGCGAAGCAUACCGGUUCCAUGAGUUUGCUAGCUCGGAAGAGGAGGUCGAAGAAUGGACUCAAGAAAUUACUUGCCACCGAAGCCGACUUACGGUCCAAGACACGCUCAAGAUUGAGAACAACCUGCGUAAGCUAGGCGAGGAGGUCGCAGAAGAAGAGGCCAUCGACGAAGAAGACGAGGACGAAGAUGAGGAUGAGGACAAUGUCGAACUGGAUGACGACGAUGACGACCUGCUUGAAGAGGAUGCAGACGGUAGCGAUGCGUACAGCGAUGCUACUGAUGAGGGCUUUCAGACCGACGAUGAGAAUGGAUUCGCCGUCUCAGACGACGAGGACGAUGCUGGAUCUGACUACGACUGGUGGGCACCUGGAGCAUCAACCGCAGCGACGUCUGUAGAGCAUCUGGAACAUGUUCGGUUGAAAACUCACCGAACUGUAUCCGAGUCAUCGAUUGGAUCUUUGGAGAGCCGUGAAGGUCUUAAGAUCAUGGAUAAGCCCUCCAAGCGCAGAAAGUCGAAGCCGGUCAACAUCCGCGUUCCCAGUCCUGAGCUACCUGACAGUACCGACUUUGUUUGUGGUACACUCGACGAGGACAGGCCUGCCGAAGCUGCGUACAUGUCAACACUAGAACGUCGACGCGCAGCCAAACACAAGCCUACUCCACAGGACAUCGACCCUACAUUCCCAACAUCGGAUCCCGAGCUUCCUGACGAUGAUGAGGAUGAGGUCUCUGAAAAUGAAAAGGUUUCCGAGUCUGACCAUCUUAUGAUUCAUGGUCGUAUGGAUCCCGUCAAUAUUGACGUACGAGGCCGCCGCAAAGACGUUCCGAAGAAGCGUUCUCCACUACCGUCACCAAAGCGCUUGCGGUCACCUCCACCCGCAAAGCGUGCUGUGCACCGCUCUCCACCACCCCGCAAGCUGUUCGGAAACUCUCCUAAGCGGCUACAUUCUCCUCCGCCGCCAAUGCGCCUCAGGUCACCACCGCCUACACGCCGCGGCUCUGUCAAUCCUGUAACCACACGUCAGCGCAGCGACACCUCGAUCCGCUUUGCCGGCAUUGCUGAACGUCCUGCACCCACCGUCUCAGCUUCAGUUCCUCGAACCCCCAUCACUAUGAGGAAUCCAUUUGAUCUCGAGGAUGAUGAGGACGUUGAUGGUUCCGACAUGCCCAUCCGCCGCGCCAUUGACAUCAAAGUCGGGCUCGAAAAGAAGAGGCAACGACGUAAAGAGAAGCUGUACCGAAAGCAACACCGCAAAGGCGCCAAAGAGAAGCGCCCCGCCCCUGGACGUGGUGCAGAGCGCAUGCGCGAGAUGGGAUUAGCGGUACACGCUCAUAAAGGCAAGACAACUGCCUUCCAACCAUUCCAAAUCUACCCUGAGGCGGAUGAGGACAUGCACGUGCUGUCGGCCUAA